AUGACUUUUUACAGCAGCACCACCACUAGUAGCAGUAAUCCCUUUGCUAAUACUACCACGGCUGUACCAGUACAAACAACCUUCCACAGAGGAUCUUUCACCAAGAGACGCUGCGAAGACUCCAUGGGCGAGUCAUCGUGUCGUCAUCAUGUGGGACACCAAAAGAAGAAGAACGAACGAACGAAGCCACAAGAGAAUCAAGACAUCGUCUUUUCAACCCGUGUUCCCUACCCAAUCACCACCAUCCUCAUUCCAAAAAUUCCACCACCACCCAGUCUUCGAUCAGUCCUUCUUCUGGAUCCACCUACUUUACGUUUGGCGGCCAAGCACAAACUUCAAAGCGACAAAGAGCUUAGAUUGGAGGGAUCUCUUGGCAUAUAG